UCAGACCGCGAGAGGAAGAGCUGGAAUAUGAUGUGUGUUUAUGUCAGUUUGUGAAGAUCUCAUCUGAGGAUCUUUGUUCUGUUCUUGAUCGAAACUCGUUCGUUUCUCGGCGAUGGAGCAGAAGAAGACGGUGAUCGUGACAGGUUUUGAGCCGUUUGGUGAACAUACUGUCAAUGCCAGCUGGGUGGCAGUACAGGAGUUGGAGAAACUGGGUUUGGGUCACGAUAUAAACCUUCACGUUGCUGAAGUUCCUGUGGAGUAUCAGGCGGUCCAAAGUCUUCUGCCGUCUCUCUGGAAACAGCAUCUUCCUCAAUUAGUGGUCCAUGUUGGCGUUUCCGGGAUGGCCACUACAGUAACGCUUGAACAGUGCGGUCAUAAUGAGGGUUACAUGCGUCUUGACAACUGCAGUUUCUGUCCGGAGUCGCAGUGCUGUAUGGAGGGAGGACCGGGCUGCAUUCAUUCUGUCAUAGACAUGGACGCCGUCUGUAAGAGAGUGAACUCCUCCGGUCUCGGCGUCUCGGUGUCCGUAUCAAAGGACGCUGGCAGGUAUCUGUGUGACUACACCUACUACAUGUCUUUGUUUCUGGGCGAGGGCAGAUCUGCGUUUGUGCACGUUCCUCCUCUAGGGAAGCCCUACAGCGCGGAGCAGCUCGCUCGGGCCCUCAGGGCCGUCAUCCUGGAGAUGCUUGAACUCAUGGAGCACAACAAGGGAAAGAAACGCUGUCUGCACAACCAAUGAGAAUACAGGCCGAGUCUCACAUGUAGCGUCGGUUUGGAUUCAACAGUUCAUGCACACUUGAAGACAUCAGUCUUAACUUGUGUGCUACAAACUAGGAUCAAUCAGCUGGUUUGAGAUGCAACUUGUGUGCUAAACUCAAUCCUACGGCUGCGUUCAAAUAGUCAAGAAAGCACUUUAAUGGGGUGUACUUGAAACAUGCAGAGAUUUGGUAUUAUGCAUAAAAACAAACAAACUUGGAAAUGUUGAAAUGUGAAAACACUACAUAUGCAUUUCAUUUAGAUCUUUUAACCAUGUUUUUUGCAAACAGUCAAGGCAGAACUAAUUGUUUUCUCUUGCUGCCUUGUUUCUAAAAUCACUGUUCACCGGAUAAAGUAUGUCAGUUGUAUAAAGCCAUUUAAACCAGGGUUGUUAAUUAAAAUAAAAAACAAUGAAACAUCUUGUAACUUGAAAUGAAACAGUUGUUAACUGGAGGAAAAAUUAUUUGUGUGUGUGUAUGUAUGUGUGUAUAUAUAUAUAUAUAUAUAUAUAUAUAUAUAUAUAUACACACAUACAUACAUACAUAGAAUUUAAUCUUUUUUUCAUCUAAUUUUAUCUGAUUUUUAAAAUAAUUUUUAAAAAACUAAAACUGUAAUAAAAAUUUAUCAAAACUAUAUGGCAAAAAUACACAACUAAAUUAAUACAACUUUUAAUUUAAAAUGAAUAUGGAAAAAAAAACUCAUUUGAAAUAUUAAAAACUGUACACAAAAAUGGCUAGAAUUGGCUAAAUUACUGAAACUGGCUGCAAUAAAAAUGAAAGUGAUGAAAGUGGACAAAAUAUGAAAAUUAUAACUAAUUCAAAAUAUUAAUAAAUCUAUAAAGAUUUUUAAAAAUGUAAAAAAAAUGGCAACAACACAACUAAAACUGAAUAAAAUUAAAUUGAAAACAAAAUAUAAAAAUAAAAACGAAUUUAUUUUAAAUAAAAAUAUAUGAAAAUUGGCUAAAUUACUGAAACUGGCUGCAAUAAAAAUGAAAGUGGACAAAAUAUCAAAAUUAUAACUAAUUCAAAAUAUUUAAAAAAAUUAUAUAGAUUUUUAAAAAUGUUUAAAAAUGGCAAUAACUGAAACUAAAACUUUAACUAAAAUUAAAUUGAAAGCAAAAUAUAAAAAUAAAAACGAAUUUAUUUUAAAUAAAAAAUAUAUGAAAAUGGCUAAAAUUGGCUAAAUUACUGAAACUGGCUGAAAUAAAAAUGAAAGUGGAUAAAAUAUAAAAAUUUUAAUAAAAUCUAUGUAGAUUAAAAAAACGUAAAGACAAAAUUGACUAAAACUUUAACUAAAAUUAAACUGAAAACAAAAUAUAAAAAUAAAAACUAUAUGGAUGUUAAACAUAUAUUUUUAGUAUAUUUUUAAAAAUAUACUAAAAACUCAUUCAAAAUAUGAAUUAAAACUAAAAUAGUAUCUCAAUGAUAGUAAACUAUACUGUUUCAAACAUAACUGUAUCAUCUGCAGCUUUCAAUUAUACCCCAAACACACACUGGACAGAAAGUAUAAGCAUUAUAUUACAGUUCAUUUUCUCACAGACUAAAGAGCAGGUGCAAAUGGUGGUUUUGCAGACCUAAAAUUAUGACAAAAUAAAAGCUGUGAUCUGCCUGCUGGACAAUGAUAAAAGAGAUAAUAACCACGUCUGUCUGGUUAUUAAAGUGCCAAUGUGAAUACACAGUCUUUAGGAUACAAGUAUCAAACCGAAAUAUGUUUUUCCUCAUUUUAAGCCGUUUAUGAACAGGGUCCCGCUUAUAACAUAAAGACACCUAAACCUGAUGCCUUUUGAGUAAUUUAAGGUCUAAUGCUAUCAGCACUAACUGUUAAGA